UAUAUAUAUUCUUUACUUUACUUUACUUCUUUUACUCCCCUCUCUUUACAGCCAUUCUAUCUUAUUGUUCUUGAGUCAACAUGAUUCCUUCCGUUGUCAGAAAGACUGUCAAGUCUUCACUGCCUUUGGUAUGUCUCCGGGCCCAACAGGCUUCUUACUCUACCGGAAAAUGGGCUUCCCAAAAGGUUCCAAUGUCAAAUCUAGAAAACCACUAUAUCAACUACCAAAGAAUUGCAGACAAUCUUGAAGUAGUUCGUAAAAGAUUGAAUCGUCCUUUGACCUUGUCUGAAAAGGUAGUCUAUGGGCACCUAGACGACCCUCACAACCAAGAAAUUGUCCGAGGACAAUCGUACCUCAAUCUUCGUCCUGACCGUGUCGCUUGUCAGGACGCGACUGCUCAAAUGGCCAUCCUUCAAUUCAUGUCGGCCGGACUGCCGAGUGUGGCUGUUCCCACAACCGUUCAUUGUGAUCACUUGAUCGAAGCCCAAAAGGGCGGCGAGAAAGAUUUGAAGCGCGCAAUUGACGUGAACAAGGAGGUCUAUGACUUCCUUGCGACCGCGACUGCAAAGUAUAAUAUUGGUUUCUGGCGACCAGGGUCUGGCAUUAUCCACCAGAUCAUUCUCGAGAACUAUGCAUUCCCCGGCGGACUCAUGAUCGGCACGGACUCCCACACUCCAAACGCAGGUGGUCUGGGCAUGGUGGCCAUUGGUGUUGGUGGUGCCGACGCAGUCGACGUGAUGUCCGGCCUCCCCUGGGAGCUCAAGUGCCCAAAGGCAAUUGGUGUCAAAUUGACCGGAAAACUCCAUGGCUGGACAUCGCCCAAGGACAUCAUUCUCAAGGUGGCCGGCAUUCUAACCGUCAAGGGCGGAACGGGCGCAAUUGUCGAAUACUUUGGUGACGGUGUGGACUCGAUUUCCUGCACUGGAAUGGGUACCAUCUGCAACAUGGGAGCUGAAAUUGGCGCCACCACUUCUCUGUUCCCUUACAACGAGCGGAUGGGUGACUACCUCAGGGCCACACGGCGGUCCGAGAUUGCUCAAUACGCCAAAGCAUUCUCAGACAAUCUACGUGCUGAUCCGGAUGCCAAAUAUGACCAAGUGGUCGAAAUUGAUCUUGACAAACUAGAACCCCACAUCAAUGGACCUUUUACGCCCGAUCUUGCAACCCCGAUAUCGAAGUUCAAGCAGGCCGUCAAGGACAAUGACUGGCCGGCCGAACUCAAGGUUGGCCUGAUUGGCUCGUGCACCAAUUCGUCGUAUGAGGACAUGACCCAUUCUGCGUCGAUUGCCCAGCAGGCGCUUGACCAUGGCAACAAGGCAAAGUCAGAGUUCACGAUCACGCCUGGCUCAGAGCAGAUCAGAGCCACGAUUGAGCGAGAUGGCAUCAUGGAUGUGCUGACAAAGGCUGGCGGUAUGGUGCUGGCCAAUGCGUGCGGACCUUGUAUCGGACAGUGGGAUCGUGAGGAUGUCAAGAAGGGUGUCAAGAAUUCUAUCAUCACAUCCUACAAUCGUAACUUUACAGGCCGUAACGACGGAAACCCUGCCACGCAUGCGUUUGUCGCAUCUCCCGAGCUGGUGACCGCAAUGGUGUUUGCUGGCGACCUGACCUUCAAUCCACUCAAGGACUCGCUGACCGGUGCGGAUGGAAAGCCGUACAAGUUUGCAGCCCCAACCGGUGAUGAACUGCCACCAGAUGGCUAUGAUCCCGGACAGAACACAUACCAGGCCCCGCCGGCCGACCGGUCAAAGAUCGAUGUGGCCGUGUCGCCGACAUCAAGCCGGCUGCAGCUCCUGAAGCCAUUCAAACCCUGGGACGGAAAGGACAUCUUUGAGAUUCCGAUUCUGAUCAAGGCCAAAGGUAAAUGCACGACGGAUCACAUUUCGAUGGCCGGACCCUGGCUCAAGUACCGUGGCCAUCUGGACAACAUCUCGAACAACAUGCUUAUUGGAGCCUUGAAUGCCGAGAACAACGAGGUGAACAAGAUCAAGAACGCGUUCACUGGAAAAUACGACGGAGUGCCAGAGACUGCACGCGACUACAAGGAGAGAGGUGUGAAAUGGGUUGUGAUCGGAGACGAGAAUUAUGGCGAGGGAUCUUCGCGCGAGCAUGCAGCGCUUGAGCCCCGGUUCUUGAAUGGAGCAGCCAUCAUCACAAAGUCGUUUGCGCGUAUUCACGAGACCAAUCUGAAGAAGCAAGGCAUGCUUCCGUUGACGUUUGCCAAUCCUGCCGACUACGACAAGGUGCAGCCGACCGACAAGGUGGAUAUCCUUGGCCUGACUGACUUUAAGGAGGGCAAGCCUCUGACGAUGCGCCUUCACCAUGAGAAUGGCAAGACUGAGGAUAUCAAGCUCAACCACACGUUCAACUCUGGUCAGAUUGGAUGGUUUAAGGCUGGAUCUGCACUCAACUUGAUGAGAGAGAACACGAAGAAUAAGAAGAAUAAGGCUUAGUUUUCUUUGAAUAUUUCUUUAUUUGGUUCCUGUUUUCUCAAUAUAUGUUUCAAAAGCAUAUUUAUGUUUGAUAGUCAAAUAAAUAAAUAAAUAAAUAAAUAAAAUUAUCAUCAAGCUUCCUUGUAUUUUUUUUAAUACUUU